AUGUACUCAGUCAUCAUUUCCGACUUUGAUGCUCGAAAAAUGCCAACUGAAGUAUUCAUGCGUGAGCAACAAUGUAAAACUGACGUGCAUGUGAAUGAUAAACUUUCCAAUAAAGUCGACAAAAAGUCUAAAACUUUCUCUAGGACAAAAAAAGAGAAUAAAAAAGUCAAAACGCAAAACAACACAGAAGCGAAUCUUUUCAGAGUAAGAAAAAAGUUUCAUCGUACAACAUCAUCGUCACAAAAUAGUGAAGACUUGUUGCCAAAAGUAUUAAAGGAGAAGAAUCGAAGCAAUAGUGACGACGUUCAUCCAGACGUGAGUAAAAGUGUUGAUGCAACAAAUAACCUUAGAAUUGAUGGUACCGAUGAAAGUCAUGAAGAUGUGGCAAUAAAGCAACAAAAUCAGAAACGUAAAUUAAUUAAAGAAAAAGAUAAAAAGUUAAGUAAAUUGCAAAAGUUAUCGCCAACAAAGCAAAUCGAUAGACGAGAGGACAACAAGGACGACGACACAUACAAAAUGUACGAAUAUCGAACACAAACGGCAAAUGCACCCAAGGCCGAUACUGAAUCGAGCUUCCUUACAAAAAAUGAUGCAACAGAAGAAAAUCUCAUAAACGCAUUUUAUCAGCAGCAAUGUUUGGGUGGUAGCAAUAAUUCUAUCGCCACGUUGUGCAAUAUUGGAAAUUCAUGUUACUUGAAUUCAGUCAUUUAUACUUUAAGAUUCGCUCCACACUUCCUUCAUAGACUUCAUCAUCUUGUCGAUGAUAUGAGACAAGUUUAUCAAAGAAUUGGACAGCAUAAGAUCAAAAGUUCAUCAUUAGGAAGAAAUGUUAGUGGACUUCAAGGUCACAAUGGACGAAGUUGGAGCUCAAAAGAUUUAGUUUCAUUAAAUGGAAUUCAUCCUUCGAAUGGUCUCGAUCCAGUGUUAAAAAACAAUCGACAAAUAGCAACGGAGAAGCUUCAUGAGCUUUAUCAAAGUCUUCAUAGAAAUGAAUCAAUCGAUUCAAUUGAAUCUUUCCAUGCUGGGACAUUCUUGCAAGCAAUUCAAGAUGUGAGCUCGAUUUUUGAAGGAAAUCAACAGCAAGAUGCACAUGAGCUUUUAAUGUGCAUCUUGGACAGUAUACGUGAAACAUGCUCGACGCUUGUUAAGACGAUUAAAGAAAAUCCCGAAAUUAUGAAUCACAAUGUUCAACAAAAUUCCGAGAGCAAUGAAUUGACGUCGCCACCACAGUCAAGUGUCCACACUUCGCAGUCAUUGAAAUCGAUUUUCUCGAGAAAGAUCAGACGAAAAGAUACGUUGAAGAGUAAUGGCGGUACAAGUUCGCCGAUUAAAGAAAAUGUCGCCGACAACAACAACAUUACGACGAUGACAAUCGAAGAAGAGUCAAGUGGUGGUGAUGUGAAAACUAAUAAUGAAAUGACGACAAAUGAUGUUGAUAGCAGCAAUGAUAAAGUAAAUGAAGCGAUUAAGCGACUUGACCUUGAUUUCUUUUGCAAGGACUUUGAAGGUGUCACACUUUUCACGACAAAAUGUCUCACAUGUGAAACUGUGACCGAACAAAAAGAAACAAUGGUUGACAUUGCAAUUCCAAUUAGUCCCGAUACCUUGACACAGCCAAUCGAUCCGCAAUUAUUUUUUCAGAAUUCUUGCAUCACUCGUGAAUAUUUUCGUGUCGAGAACCACUUUCGUUGUGAUAAAUGUUGCGGCUAUACAGAAGCAAUUCGAUCAAUCUCAUUUGAAAUUCUGCCACGACUUUUAGUAUUGCACAUUAAACGAUUUUCGGGUGGAAUGGAGAAAAUCAGCAGCUACAGCCCAACGCCAUUCAUUCUCAAAUGUUUUUGUAACAAAUGUUAUAAGAAGCGAGAUGAAGAUAAGUUGCAUUAUUAUAAAUUAUAUAGUGUCAUUACGCAUGUCGGUGCCACAAUGUCUGUUGGACAUUACAUUGCAUACACGUGUUCGUUGGAUAUCUACAAUGAAUACAUAAACUGUUGUUAUGAGAAGCGACAAUUGUCACUAGAAUCAAAUAAUAACCACGCAAAUAAUAAUUCACAUCAUCAGCAACAACAACAGCCAACGACGAAUAAUGUUGAGAAAAAUUCUGGCAUUAUGAAGAAAUUAAUUUAUGGAAGUCGAAAAGCAUCAAGUAGCGGUGAUAUGACUAAAAGUUUAAAGCCAAUGAAUGGUUUAAGUAAAAUGAUGAUUAAUGGGAUUGAAAAGUUGAGUUUAAAUUCAGAUAAAAAUCAAAAUAAUUCGUCUUCGAAUGGUGUUUCAAGUGUUCCAUCAAGUCCACCAAAAACUGUUUGUCCAAGUUCAAAUUGUUGUGGAAUUUAUGUGAAGAACUUUUCAACAAUUGUUGAAAAUUAUCACAAUUCAAAUGCAAGUCAACAACAGCAACAAGAGAAGUCAUCAAAUGACGAAAAUAUUCAAAAUGAUAAUGGUGAGACUGCAUCAUCAAAGCCAUCAUUAAAUGAUUUAAACCAGAAAAUCUGGUACAUGUGUGAUGAUGAUAAGAUAAAAAUUAUGACGCAACGUGAAUUUGAAGACGCUCUUUCAAGAAAUCAAAAAACAGCAGUUAAUAAAAUGUCUUUAAGACUUUUAAUCCGAAAUGGAAGCUUCGCUCGAUCAUAUCCCAACUUGGCAAGUGUCUGUAGUUCACCGAAGAAAUCAUCUUUGAACGCUCAACAGAAACGAGAGCAUCAUGAAGUGACUGGUGAUAUUAUUUGUCCCUCGAUGGUCAUGGGAAUUGAUCAUUUGAGAGAUCCACGACUGAAUAAAGGACUUGCAUUUACACUUCAAGAACGACAGACACUUGGCAUUCAUGGACUUCAACCAGCACGGUACAAGUCACAAGAAGAACAACUGGAACUUUGUAAAAUGUCAAUCAUGCGAUAUCAAGAGGACUUAAACAAAUAUUUGUAUUUGGUGGAUUUGCAGGAUCGCAAUGAACGUCUCUUUUUCCGUCUUCUGUCUGAGAAUGUGGAAAUGAUGAUGCCGAUUGUGUACACUCCAACAGUUGGUCUUGCAUGUCAGAAGUUUGGUUUAAUUUAUCGACGUCCUCGUGGUCUCUUUGUGACGUUUAAUGACAGAGGUCAUGUGUUUGAUGUGUUAAAAAACUGGCCGGAACCGGAUGUUCGAGCAAUUGUGGUGACUGAUGGGGAGAGAAUUCUUGGCUUAGGUGACUUAGGAGCUCAGGGAAUGGGGAUACCUGUUGGAAAGCUUGCAUUGUACACAGCAUUAGCUGGAAUUAAACCGCAUCAAUGUUUGCCAAUCGUUAUUGAUGUUGGAACAAACAACAAAGAUCUUCUUGAAGAUCCACUUUAUGUUGGUUUAAGACAACCAAGAGUUUCAGGCCAAGCAUAUGACGAUUUCAUUGAUGAAUUCAUGGCAGCAGUUGUGAGACGUUAUGGACAGAAUACUUUGAUUCAGUUUGAAGACUUUGGCAAUCAUAAUGCAUUUAGAUAUCUCGACAAGUAUCGUGACUCGUAUUGUACAUUCAAUGAUGACAUCCAAGGAACAGCUGCUGUUGCUGUUGCUGGAUUACUUGCAUCGAAAAGAGUCACCGGCAAGAAACUUUCAGAGAAUAAAAUUCUCUUCCUUGGUGCUGGUGAAGCAGCAAUUGGUAUUGCAGAUUUAUGUGUCAAGGCAAUGAUGACUGAAGGAAUCUCACAACAAGAAGCAAGAGAUAAUAUUUGGAUGGUUGACAUUGAUGGAUUGUUAGCAAAAGGACGACCAGAAGGAAAACUUGGUGGUCACAAAUGGUUCUAUGCCAAAGAACAUGAAGUGAUGAAAGAUUUUGGAGAAGUGGUACAAAAAGUGCGACCAUCGAUUCUCAUCGGUGCAAGUGCUGCUGGCGGUGCUUUUACACCGGAAAUCCUUCAAAACAUGGCUGAAUAUAAUGAACGUCCAAUCAUUUUUGCAUUGUCAAAUCCAACCAGUAAAGCAGAAUGCACAGCUCAACAAGCUUAUGAUUCUACUCAAGGAAAAUGCAUCUUUGCAUCAGGUUCACCUUUUGGUAGUGUUGAAUAUGAUGGAAAAACUUUUUAUCCUGGUCAGGGUAACAAUGCUUACAUUUUCCCAGGAGUUGCUUUGGGUGUUAUCGCUACUGGAACUCAUCAUAUCCCUGAAGAUAUGUUCUUGAUUGCUGCUGAGACAAUUGCGAAGCACGUCACUGAUGACGACAUUCAGAAAGGUUCACUUUAUCCACCAUUAUCACUUAUCCGUGAAUGUUCUUUCGAAAUUGCCAUAGGAAUAUCGAAAUAUGCUUACGCUAAAGGUCUUGCAUCACUCUAUCCAGAACCGAGUGAUAAGAAAACAUGGCUCAAAGAACACAUCUACAACUUCAAUUAUGAAAGCUCAAUGCCAGUUACAUGGCCAUGGCCAGAAAUGCCUCACAUUGCCACACGCCCACUGCAACCAUUGAUUCUCCAUGAUGUCAAGAAGAAACAAUUUGGUGAAAUAAAGAAACAAAUCGACACAAUUCACAACAAUGGAAUAAUGAAUUCGAUCCCCGAUCCUUUGCAUUUUAAAAAUGAUUUGCUAAUAAAAGAUGAAGUUAUACUAGAACAUGGAAGACCUCAAAACGAUGAUACAUGUAGCAUUAAUAUGGAGGUUGUUCCUAAUCCCAACAUUCAGAUGUUGAAAGCAUAUCGCGAGAUUCCUUUUGAUAACAUCGAUGGCGGUGCUUGGAAACAAGGCUGGAAAAUCGAAUAUGACACUCAUGAUUGGAAUCGACAUCAUAAGUUAAAAGUUUUCGUUGUCCCACACAGUCACAAUGACCCAGGUUGGAUAAACACAUUCGAUGAGUAUUAUGAACGUCAAACCAAAAUGAUAUUUGCAAAUAUGCUACGACAUUUGGAUGAAUUUGAAGAUAUGAAAUUCAUUUGGGCAGAGAUUGUUUACUUUUCCAAAUGGUACGACAGCCUCAACGCCAAAUCGAAGGAGAUAGUAAAAAAACUUGUGAAAAGAAAGCAACUUGAGUUUGUGACUGGUGGUUGGGUGAUGCCUGAUGAAGCUUGUUCUCAUUGGUAUUCAGUUCUUCAAUCAUUGACUGAAGGUCAGAAAUAUUUGAAACAAGCUUUCAACGUCACACCAAUCUCAUCAUGGGCCAUCGAUCCAUUUGGUCAUAGUGCGACAUUUGCUUACAUUCUGAAGAAAUCUGGUUUUGAAAAUUUGCUGAUUCAACGAACUCAUUAUUCGGUGAAGAAAUAUCUGGCACAACGAAAGCAGCUCGAGUUCCGAUGGACUCAACUUUGGGAUGGGAAAGGAGACACGGAACUUUUUACUCACAUGAUGCCGUUUUACAGCUACGACGUUCCACAUACUUGUGGACCCGAUCCCAAAGUCUGCUGUCAAUUUGAUUUCAAGAGAUUACCAGGCUACGGUGUUUCUUGUCCAUGGAAAGUUCCACCUCAACCAAUAUCUGACGACAAUGUCGCGAAGCGUGCCGAAAUGAUUGUUGAUCAAUGGAGAAAGAAAUCGAAACUUUACAAUACUCGAUCAGUUUUAAUUCCACUUGGUGAUGACUUUCGAUAUACUCAAAGUAUGGAAUGGGAAGCUCAGCGGAUUAAUUUCGAGAAAUUAUUUGAAUAUAUCAACAAUGAUCAGUAUUUAAACGUUGAGGCAAAAUUUGCAACACUUCAAGAAUAUUUCGAUUCAGUGAAGAAAGAGAAAGAACUUCAACAAUUCCCAUCGUUAUCUGGCGAUUUCUUUACUUAUGCUGACAGAGACGAUCAUUAUUGGAGCGGAUAUUUCACUUCAAGGCCAUACUACAAACGAAUGGAUCGAAUAUUGAUGAAUUAUUUGAGAUCAGCAGAAAUGUUGCAUUCGUGGAAUGCUUGGGAAGAUUCUGCUGGUUUCGAUAAGAAACUUGAAGUGGCACGACGAGCUUUGUCAAUCUUUCAACAUCAUGAUGGAGUUUCUGGAACAGCCAAAGAUUACGUGAUGAAAGAUUACGACUCAAUGAUGACGGAAGGGAUCAGAAACUGCAAGUUUGUGAUGCAACAAGCAGUUUACCGACUUCUAACUCAAUCAAACAUUUAUCAACCUGACUAUUCGUUUGUCUACUUCAACGUCGACGACUCUCGAAGUGCUGGCAAUGACGAUUCAAGAUCAGUGAUCAUAAUUGGCGAAGAAGUUCCAUUCAAGUUUAUCGUAGUUCACAAUUCACUUCCACGCGAACGCCAUGAACUGGUGGAGUUUUACAUUGCAAAACCUUUCGUUUCUGUCACCGACCCCGAAGGAAAUGCAAUCACUGCACAAGUAUCGCCAGUGUGGACAUGGCAUCAAAGUAUUCAUGGAAUAAUUCAGCCACAAGUAUCAAAUACAAAGUACAAGUUAAUGUUUAUGGUCACCGUGCCACCACUUGGCAUGACCGUUUACAAGAUCAACGCCAAAAGUAACAAAGAUGAAAGCAUCGGCACAACAUUUUCGAAAAUUACAAUUUUCACUGACACUCCUUUCAACAUCGCAGACUUGAGUGAAUAUCCAGAAAAGAUCGAAUUCGAAGAACACCGCGAGGUUUCGCUUCGACUUGAUGAGUCACUGCCUGGUGCUUCUUUCAAUAAAUACGGAAUGCUCAAAUCGCUUUCACAAGAUGGAACAAUUGUUCCAGUUCAUUUAGAAUUCUUUCGAUAUGGGACAAGAUCAGUUCAUGGACAAAAAAGUGGAGCUUACUUAUUCUUACCCGACGGCCCAGCUACGCCACUUCAAGUCAAUACUCCAAUCAUUGUUUUGAGUAAAGGAGAACUACAACAAGAUUUAACAGCUGGGCUUCCAUUUGCGGUUCAUGAGAAUAUUUUAAGAAAAGGAGAAUCUUUAGAGAUUCGGAACUACGUCGACAUUGGUGACAUGGGAAACACGGAAAUUGUCAUGCGAUUAAGCACGAACAUCAAAAGCAAUCAAACUUUCUUUACUGAUCUCAAUGGAAUGCAAAUGGUCAAACGUGAAAGAUUCUCCAAAAUUCCAUUGCAAGCAAAUUAUUAUCCAAUUCCGUCAGCGAUGUUUAUUGAAGACAAAAUAUGGCGACUGACAAUCUUCUCGGGAUUGCCAUUAGGUGGAUCUUCAUUGAAGUCGGGAGAGAUUGAAAUCAUGCAAGACAGAAGGUUGAAUCAGGACGAUGAGCGUGGAUUGGGCCAAGGAGUUCUUGACAACAAGCCAGUGUUAAAUAUUUUCAAAUUAGUCUUAGAGAAUCGAGAAAGUUGUCAGCAAUUGGAUGAAAAUUAUCCAACUGGAUUUCUGACUCCAAACUCAUACGAAGAACAAAAAAUUCUUUUACAUCCUAUCGAGAAGUUCAUUUUCAAUGAAAAUGAUUGGAAUGGUGUGAAAUAUCAAUUUGGUGAGAACCAUGAGAGCGCUGAAGCUGGCAUUGAAUUGGUGGCACUUCGCGUGUUGCCAGCAAUUCCAAAAUCUCCACUUGGUGUUGUGUUGCAUCGAACAAAUUUUGGUGAAUGUGCUUCAGAUAAAGCACGUGACGAUGAUAACAUCGCAAGGAAAGCAGAUCUGCUUGUUGAUCAAUGGAGAAAGAAAUCAAAACUAUUUAAAACUAAAUCACUUCUUGUUCCACAUGGUGACGAUUUUAGAUAUGCAACACCAUUCGAGUGGGAAGAUCAAAGAAUUAAUUUAGAAAAACUUUUUAAUUACAUCAAUAAACGAAAAGGUUUCAACGUUGAAGCAAAGUUUGCGACACUUCAAGAAUAUUUCGAUUCAGUGAAGAAGGAGAAAGAACUUCAACAAUUCCCAUCGUUGUCUGGUGACUUCUUCACUUAUGCUGAUAGAGACGAUCAUUAUUGGAGCGGAUAUUUCACUUCAAGGCCAUACUACAAACGAAUGGAUCGAAUAUUGAUGAAUUAUUUGAGAUCAGCAGAAAUGUUGCAUUCGUGGAAUGCUUGGGAAGAUUCUGCUGGUUUCGAUAAGAAACUUGAAGUGGCACGACGAGCUUUGUCAAUCUUUCAACAUCAUGAUGGAGUUUCUGGAACAGCCAAGGAUUACGUGAUGAAAGAUUACGACUCAAUGAUGACGGAAGGGAUCAGAAACUGCAAGUUUGUGAUGCAACAAGCAGUUUACCGACUUCUAACUCAAUCAAACAUUUAUCAACCUGACUAUUCGUUUGUCUACUUCAACGUCGACGACUCUCGAAGUGCUGGCAAUGACGAUUCAAGAUCAGUGAUCAUAAUUGGCGAAGAAGUUCCAUUCAAAUUUGUCGUGGUUCACAAUUCACUUCCACGUGAACGUCAUGAGUUGGUGGAGUUUUACAUUGCAAAACCUUUCGUUUCUGUCACCGACCCCGAAGGAAAUGCAAUCACUGCACAAGUAUCGCCAGUGUGGACAUGGAAACGAAAUGUUUUGAAUUACUUUCUUGUUUCUUUGUCGGGUUCGUUUGAACCGAAAAUUUCAACCACCAAAUACAAGUUGUCAUUUAUGGUGAAAAUUCCUCCUUUAGGAUUGAGCGUUUACAAAAUAAAUCAGAAAAGAAAUAGAAACGAUUGUGCUAAAACCUCAUAUGCAGAAGUUUCAAUAUUCACUGAUUCGCAUUUUAACAUCAACGAAUUUAAAAAAAAUUAUCCUGGAGAAAUAAAUUUUGAAGAUCGUUGUAAAAAUUAUUUGCAACAUGAUGACGAAAAUUUCGGAGCAACAUUUCAUGAAAAUGGACUUCUUGAGUCGCUAGUCUUUGACGAUGAAAAAAUUCCUGUCAGUUUGAAAUUUUUACGAUAUGGCACUAAAAGUUCACAUGGUGAGAAGAGUGGAGCUUACUUAUUCUUACCCGAUGGCCCAGCUACGCCAUUUAAAGUGGGGAAACCAACAGUAAUAGUUACAAAAGGAGAACUACAACAAGAUUUAACAGCUGGGCUUCCAUUUGCGGUUCAUGAGAAUAUUUUAAGAAAGGGAGAAUCUUUAGAGAUUCGAAACUACGUCGACAUUGGUGACAUGGGAAAUACGGAAAUUGUCAUGCGAUUAAGCACGAACAUCAAAAGCAAUCAAACUUUCUUUACUGAUCUCAAUGGAAUGCAAAUGGUCAAACGUGAAAGAUUCUCCAAAAUUCCAUUGCAAGCAAAUUAUUAUCCAAUUCCGUCAGCGAUGUUUAUUGAAGACAAAAUAUGGCGACUGACAAUCUUCUCGGGAUUGCCAUUAGGUGGAUCUUCAUUGAAGUCGGGAGAGAUUGAAAUCAUGCAAGAUAGAAGGAUGAAUCAGGGAGAUGGAAGAGGCUUAGGUCAAGGUGUUCAAGAUAAUCAGCCAGUGUUAAAUAUUUUCAAAUUAGUUUUAGAGAAUCGCGAAAGUUGUCAGCAGCUGGAUGAAAAUUAUCCAACUGGAUUUUUGACUCCGAACUCAUACAGGGAACAAAAAAUUCUUUUACAUCCUAUCGAGAAGUUCAUUUUCAAUGAAAAUGAUUGGAAUGGUGUGAAAUAUCAAUUUGGUGAGAACCACGAGAGCGCUGAAGCUGGCAUUGAAUUGGUGGCACUUCGUGUUCUGCCAGCAAUUCCAAAAUCUCCUCUUGGUGUUGUGUUGCAUCGAACAAAUUUUGGUGAAUGUGCUUCAGAUAAAGCACGUGACGAAGAAAAGUUCAAAGAGAUUGAAGGUGGAUUAGGAAGAAAUCAUGAACAGAUUGCAGAAAUUCUUAAGAAAGUGGAGUUUGUUGACAGCAGCAGCAUUUCAUUUUUGAAGUUUAAAAACGUUUCAUCCGAUCAAUCAUGUAAUGUUAAUGUGAAUGUUGUUCCUAGUCCUGACAUUCAGAUGUUGAAAGCAUAUCGCGAGAUUCCUUUUGAUAACAUCGAAGGCGGUGCUUGGACACAAGGAUGGAAGAUCGAGUACGACACUCACGAUUGGAAUCAAAGAAAGAAAUUAAAAGUUUUCGUUGUCCCACACAGUCACAAUGAUCCCGGAUGGAAGUGGACCUUCGAUGAAUACUACGAAGGCGCGACACGAUACAUUUUUAACAACAUGUUACAACAACUAGAUGAGAAUAAGAAUAUGAAGUUCAUUUGGGCUGAAAUUGUCUUCUUUUCAAGAUGGUAUGACAAUCUGCCAUUGAGAUUUCGAGAUAAAAUUAAAACAUUUGUGGAAAGAAAGCAACUUGAGUUUGUGACUGGUGGUUGGGUGAUGCCUGAUGAAGCUUGUUCUCAUUGGUAUUCAGUUCUUCAAUCAUUGACUGAAGGUCAGAAAUAUUUGAAACAAGCUUUCAACGUCACACCAAUCUCAUCAUGGGCCAUCGAUCCAUUUGGUCAUAGUGCGACAUUUGCUUACAUUCUGAAGAAAUCUGGUUUUGAAAAUUUGCUGAUUCAACGAACUCAUUAUUCGGUGAAGAAAUAUCUGGCACAACGAAAGCAGCUCGAGUUCCGAUGGACUCAACUUUGGGAUGGGAAAGGAGACACGGAACUUUUCACUCACAUGAUGCCGUUUUACAGCUACGAUAUACGUCGAUCUUGUGGACCUGAUCCAAAUAUUUGUGGAGUAUUACAAUUCAACAAGUUCACGACAACAAUACAACACAAAAUGUGUGAUUCUACUUUUUGUUCCGACUUCUUGUCCCUUCUUCAGUCUUGCGAUCAAAGAUUGAGCGGGCAUAAGAAGAACGAUCACAGUAACUUUAAAGAGCUCACCAAAAAGGAAGUUGAUGUUAUUCUAGGAUAUAUUCAGUUGUGGCCUCAAAGGCAAUGCAUGUGUUGUUAUCGAGAUUUAAAGAAUUUUGACCGCUUUAAUUAUGUGAUUCGAUCGUUAAUAUUCCUGAUUGUCGUUAAGCUCAAAGACAUCAAAACUUUGAUAGUUAAUACAGUAAAACUUGAGCAGAAAAAUGCGGAUACAAGCUCAAAUAAAAGCAACGAUUCAAGUCCUAGUGUAGAGGCUAAUGAAAAUGCAUCAACUGACAGUUUGGAUGAGACCAAAAGCCCUACAAAAACUGAAAAUCAAAAUGUUGACAAGAAUACAAAAUCUGAAGAGGGAAAGGAAAAAAGUGAUGAUAUUUGGACUCUUCCUGAUAUAGAGAAAGCUCUAAUAUUUUCAUCAAAAGUUUUCCUGCUUAAUUUUCCCCUCUACGUUGCUCAUAAACACGGAGUUCAUGGUCGAAUCGAUGAAAUCACCCCACAAGACUUACAGUCGCUAUCGAUGUUCUGCGACAUUCACGACACAGAAAUUCCCGUCUAUUUAUACAGAAACGUGACAUUAUUCUGUACAGCAGGGGGAUUUUCAGCCAUGCUGCAUUGUUUUGAGUUAAACAACUUACCAGUGUCAACAGCACAUGCUUGUACAAUGGCAAUAUCAAAUAUCAAGCUCUGGCUUAACUAUCGAAGUAUUGUUCAACUCUUUGUUCCAUUGAGAAUCAAAAUCUUGCAGUACAUGUGCAAAUUAUCAGAUCAAGAUUUGAGAUCAUCAGCUACAAAGUCAAUGGCAGAUUUUAUGUGGUCGGCAAUUAAAGAUCCUCUCGACUCACAGAUAACAUUUGACACAGAAGGUCUUGCAUUAGCUUUCAAGUACUUUACAUCGUCGACACUUACAAUGAGACUUGCUGGGAUGUCACAAAUCAACGCUCACAUCAAUUUAUUCAAUGAUAUUUGUACAACGGAAACAGUCGCUGAAGUUGAACUAAUCGGACGUAAAUUAGCUGAUUGGUUGACCGAGAAUCAAAUAAUUUCGCAUUUAUUCGGUCCGAAUCUUCAUGUUGAAGUGAUAAAACAAUCUCACAUCGUUCUCAACUUUCUUGCUGUUGAAAAUCACAUAACCGAAGAUCACAUCUCAUUAAUAUGGCAAGCAGCCCAACUUAAACAUUGUUCAAAGACAAUUUACGACAUUCUUCCAUCGCUUGUGAAGAAUCUCGCACCAAAGCCAGCGACACAUCUCUACAUGUUGUUAUGUCGAUUGGACCCGAAAGAACAUACUGAACAAAGUAUUUACAUUAUCAGCGCUUUAACGAAAUUAAUUUGGGCGCGUGAUCGUGGACGACAAAUGAGUGUUCAUGAUAUGUCUGGUGCUAGUUUAUCACGUGAAAUUGCUGAAAUUCCAUCAAGUUCUGAGAAUUCUGUGAGUGUUGAUGGCAGUAACAGUGACGAAGAUAGUUCAGAUUGUCGCAAAAGUCCAAUUGAUGUUGAUGGUUCUGAUUCUGGUGCACCACCGCCAUGUAAACAACCACGUCACAUUACAGCUGCUGUGAAUAUUAAAAAGAAAACUUUAAGUGAAGAUGGAAAGUCACAAAGUGGAAGUUAUGUGAGUGAGAAAGAGAAACGUGAAAUGUAUCCGGUGAUUGGUGGACGAAUUGAUCGCUUUCAAGCUCAUAAUACGAGCAGCGAUGAAGACGAAGCUGACGUGAGUGAAAACAUUUCAAAAUCUCGUAAAAAGUUUCGCAAGAAAAGACGAAAAUUUGAACAUUUAACAAGAAAAGACAUUCAAGAGAUGGUUGAAAGUAUUUCCGAUGGUGACUCUGAUUGUGAUCCGCUGUUUGGUGGAAGUGAUUGCAGUGAAAGUGUUCGUGAAGAUGUUCUUGAACGACUCAACAAAGACGAAUCAUUCUUUCGAGCGAUUUCAGAGAAUUGCCAUCUGAUGGAUUAUUUACGGUCAGGUGAGAAUGACGAGUCAUCAUCACCAAUUAGUAAUAAAUCAGAGAAGAACAUGGCAGACUUUGAUGAUGAAGAUUCGCCAUGUGAAGAAGAACUCGCACAACUUACAGCAACUUCAUCACAUUAUUCAUCAUCACCAAGAAAUCGCGUCGAUAUCAAUCGAUCGAGUACACCAAACAAUCAAACACAAAAAUGUCAUAAAAAUCACAUGAAGACAAGUGGAACGAGUAGCAGUAAUGAGAAAAAUAAAUCAAAUUCAAGUAAUCUUUCAUCACCGAUGCGUGCACGUUCGCCUGACAUUUGUCAACCUGGAAAUACGCUGCUUUGGGAUCUCUUGCAGGAUGAGAAAAUCGGAUUUCUCGGUGAAGCUUUGGCACUUGAAACUGAGAAAACUCUCAGCUCGUUGCUUUGUUUUCACACUGAAAAGUUUGUUCGUAAGAAGUUCAUUGAAGCUUGUUUAUCAAACAUCGCUAACAAUCGAAGUGUCAUUGUAAGUUUACGAUUAAUUCCGAAACUUCUUGCAUCGUUUCAACAAUUUCGUGAUGUUGGCACACAUCAGGUGACAAUGUGGGCUGAACGAACACACAAAAUGAUGCAUCAUUUCUUCAACAAUCUUAAAUGUUAUUGCAAUCACAUGAAGCAGAUGAGAAGUGGAAAGAAUUGUAACAACGAACAACAAUCAACAAUCUCAUUGGUUAAGAAUCAAAAUGGAAAUUAUUUCUAUUCACAUACGACACAAAUUCAAGUUCGAUUGCAAUUUCUCGCUUCGAUAUUUUGUGACAUUGGAUCACCGAAAACAUUUCGUUUGACAAUUAAUCAAAUUGAUGUUUUAUGGUCGUGUUUGUCAACAGAUCCUGAAUGUGCUGAUUGUUUAUUUCAUUGGCUUCAAGGACAAUCAAAGGGAAAUGCUCAACACGCGCUCAGUUCUCAAUCACUCCAACAUAUUUACAUGAAGAAAUGGCCGGAAUUGAAGCCUGAAAAUAUCUCAAUGGUGGCUUUGACGUUGUUCCAACAACUCUUCAUCUUAGGAUUGUCAGAUGAGUUGAGAAAUGAGAAAGCAGAUGUGUUGGGAAUGGACAAUUUGUGGAAAAUUGCACUACGUGCAAAUGACACUGAAGUGUCAAUGGCAGCAAUUCAAUACAUCAACACAUAUUACAUGGAACAUCAAUUAAAGAAUGAGAAAGAAUUUGUUGCUCAAUGUAUGAAUUAUUUGACACAAGCAUCGGAUGGAUUGAAUAAGCCGGAAGUUGAGGAACAAUCGAUAAUGAGUGUGCAGCGAGCUUUGAUGUUGUUAAACACACAUCUGGAGACAUUUCGUCGUCGUUAUGCUUACCAUUUGAGACGAUGGACUUUGGAAGGUCGCGGAAUUAUUUCUCAUAGUGCAUUGAGAGCGGAAGGGCCAGGCCCACCAAUCAAGAUCAUUCUUCAACCUGGCGGACUUCCUGAAAAGUCUUUUCUUCAUCUUUAUCAAACCGAUCUCGUAGCGGAUCUCAAAGCGGAGAUUGCCAAGUGGUGGGAGAAUCUUCAAGGGAAUUUAAAGUCAUCUGGUGGAUCAGCGCCAGUUCUUGGCAACUUAUUAAGUGAUGGACCGUUGAGAAUCAUCACGCAAGGACAAGAAAUCACGAGUGAAUAUGAUGAGAGAAGUCUCAUUGAUGUUGGCUUCAAAGAUAAUCAAAUGGUUUAUGUGUCGUUGGGUGGGAGAAGUGGGCGACGUCGUGAUCAUUCAGAUCAUCCAUCAAUGUUGCCAGCACCAUCAAAAGAUUGCUUACCAACAAUUCUCUUACUUCAAUCACCAUAUUUCGAGCAAUUAUUUAAAUUAAUGCAAACUUUAGGUGACAUGAAGUUGACUGAGAAAAGUGGAAGCACAAUGCAACAUACGCAAGCUCAAGUGUUGUCACGUCGUGUCUGGGAUAUUCUUGCAAUGCUACCAACAAGUCCAACACUUCUCGAAACAUUCAAAAACUUUUCAUUAGCUGAUAAAUCAUCAACAAAGACUGAAGAGAAAGUCACAUUUAAUAUUCGUGAUCUUCUCGAUCCCAGCAAUUUACAAAAGUUCAUGUAUUCACUUCACAUCGUUGAAAGUCUUUGUAAGUCGAAGUUUGCUGCUUCGGUUAAGAAUUCAUCGAUGACAAUAAAUCAAAGAAAUCAAUUAAAGAUGAAAAUUGCAAAAGCAAAAGCAGCAAAGAAAUCGCCAGCAAAAGAAAAUGUUGAGAAUAACAACAGCAACGUUGUCAUUGCUGAUGAUGGAAUGAAGAAAGAGAAUCAGGAAUUAUCUGAGAAGAAGAGUGAAAGUGGAGGUGGAAAUUCAAAUGCAACACGUGAUCAAAGUGAUAAUGACAUGAACAUAUCAAAAGAAGAAUCAACGAUUGAAAUGAAGAUUAAGAAAUCCAUUGAAUGGAGUAAUCAAUUCAUUAGAAAUGGUGGAUUGGAACAUUUAUAUGAGAUUUUAAUGUCGGGUGUUCUUCAAAAGCAAGAUGGAAAUUACAACGAAUGGCGUUAUGAUUGCCUUUGUAGUCUUCUUAGAAUUCUUUGUCUUCUCGGUGUUGAUGAUUUAAAACAAGAAGAGAAUAUUAUCGUGAUUCCAAAGCUCAAUGAUAACAUGUUGAAAAUUAUGAAUGUUAAGAAGACAAUUUCAAGAAUCUCAUCGAUUCUUAACGAAGCUGCGGUGCCUCUUAAAGAUAAUCAUUACAAGACUGGAUUCUGGGGUCGAUCACAAGUUGUGAACUUUGCAAUGAAUCUUCUUGUUUGUUUCGCUUAUUCAUCGCAAGAUGCACGUGAAGCAUUGUGGAUUGAUAGUAACAAUUACAGUUGGCUUCAGAAGCUCAUUUUAGACGAUCCCGAUCCGCAUGUUCGCCGUGAAACAUGUGCUGCCCUUUAUCGGUUAUGCAUGGGAAACUCAAAGACAUACAGCGAGCUGAUGAUUCCACUUUUGGUGAAGCUUAUAAGCUUUUUACCGGUUGCUGAGAAAAUGAAGACACAAUCGAAUUGUUAUUCAAUCAUUGAAGAUGGAAAGGAACCGUAUGGACAAGCAUGUCGUGAUUACUUUUGGCUUUUAUCACGUCUUGUUGACAACACAACGCCGGAUCUCAUAAAAUCGAAUAAUCUUGGCGAAAUUCAAGACAAUAUGACAAUCGAUAUUGAAGCGUUAUGUUAUCAAGUGUCACAAUUGGUCAUCAAUCGUGAUUACCUUGAAGGACGACAUAUUCAAGACGAUGGACUUGUUGGAUUAUUGAAUUUAAUGGCGAAUUUAGUGAAAUAUGAUCCGCCAUUUAAAUACAGCCAAACGGGACAACAGUUUAUCGCGAAAAUAUUUGAAUGUCUUUUUGCACUUCCAACCGCUGAAAAUCGUGAUCUACCAAAAUGCAAAUCACAAGGCGCUCGUGCGGCUUCCUACGAUUUACUCAUCGAACUGACAAGAAAUGCUCCAUCCAAUUAUAUGUUGCUACAUAAAAUGCUGAUGUUGCAACAUCGACCAGGUCCGCAUUCACCGUACCCUUGGGAUUAUUGGCCACGUGAUGACGGUCGAUCAGAAUGUGGAUAUGUUGGAUUAACAAAUUUAGGUGCUACUUGCUACAUGGCUUCAUGUAUUCAACAUAUCUUCAUGAUGCCACAAGCUCGUGAAUCAAUUCUCUCAGUUCCAACAGAUGCUCCAGUUAAGCACAAGCAAACAUUUAGUGAACUUCAAAAGAUGUUUGCUUAUCUUAUGGAGAGUGAAAGGAAGUCAUACAAUCCACGAUCAUUUUGUAAAGUUUAUCAAAUGGAUCAUCAACCGCUUAAUACUGGUGAACAGAAAGACAUGGCAGAAUUUUUUAUUGAUCUCGUAUCGAAAUUGGAAGAAAUGACACCGGAAUUGAAAGCAUUAGUGAAGCAAAUAUUUUGUGGUGUUAUAAGUAAUAAUGUUGUGUCAUUGGAUUGUGGACAUGUCAGUCGAACAUUGGAAGAAUUUUACACAGUUCGAUGUCAAGUUGCUGAUAUGAGAAAUCUUCAAGAAUCGUUGGAUGAAGUGACAGUGAAAGACACUUUGGAAGGUGAUAACAUGUACACAUGUUCACAAUGUGGAAGGAAAGUGAGAGCUGAAAAACGAGCAUGUUUCAAGAAACUUCCACAAAUUCUUUGUUUUAAUACAAUGCGAUACACUUUCAACAUGGUGACGAUGUUAAAGGAAAAAGUCAACACACAUUUUUCAUUUCCACUUCGUCUUGACAUGUCACGAUAUGUUGAGAAAACUUUGAUGCCACAUCACUAUCAAGAAGAAAAGCUGAAAUCACAAAUGCGACGAAAGGUCAGUGAGAGUGAAAGUAUUCACAGUGCAUCAACAAAUCCAGAGGUUAAGAUGAAAGUUGAUAUGUCAUCGAUAAAUGAUUUGAGUCCUUUGGACAGUGACAUGAAGGAAGUUGAUGAGAAUGAGCAAAUCAAACAAGAACAGCAAAUAAUUGAAGAGGAAGAAUCAGAAGAUUUCAAUGAGAACUAUGAAUAUGAUUUAGUUGGUGUGACAGUGCAUACAGGAACAGCUGAUGGUGGUCAUUAUUAUAGUUUCAUUAAAGAACCUUAUAUGUUGUUUUAUGAAUGGCGAUCGGGAAAAGGUGGAAACGAACAAAGAAAUCAAAGUGAAAGUCCCACAACAUUAUCACCUGGUUCUUCAGUUUCACAACUUCAAGAAGCUGGAAAAAGUGAUGAAGCUCAAGCAUCAACAAGUGAUCAAAAAAUAUCAGAAGAUGCUGUUAAUAAAAAGAUAACAGAUAAACUCGCUAUGGAUAUUGCUGAUGAAUUUGAAAGGAGAGUUGAUGAAGAUUCACAGAAAAGUUUAUCAUCGUCAAUUGUCAAAUCAAAACGGAAAUCUUUUCUCAAUAAGGACUUGGAGGAAUGGAUUUGGCAAGACAAUCGUCAUUACUUGGAGGAUCGAAACAUCUUCGAGCAUACGUAUUUCAACUUUAUGUGGCAAAUAUGUGGUCAUGUUCCUCAAUCUUUGCUUGUUCUCAAUGAUAUAACAUUUCGUGCAGCUCAACUGUCGGUUUCAUUCUUUAUGGAAACUUUCAUUCAUGCUAAAGAAAAACCGACAAUGGUGCUAUGGGUGGAGCUGUUAACGAAACAGUUUAAUGCAAGUCAAGAAGCAUGUGAAUGGUUUCUUCAACAUAUGUCACAAGAGCCUUGGUGGCCAGUUCAAGUGUUGAUUCAAUGUCCCAAUCAAAUGGUUCGUCAAAUGUUUCAACGUCUUGUCAUUCACGUUAUUCAACGUCUCCGACCACUUCACUAUGCACUUUAUCUUCAGAAAGAAAAUGAAGAUGAUGAAAAUGAGAUGUUUGGUGAGAUGUCAUGUGUGACGAAGUUCAUCAAGUCUUUGAUAUUAUUAUUGGAAAAUGGUGCGAAAGCUCACUUACGUCACUUAACAGAAUUCUUUGGACUUUUAUAUGAAUUCUCUCGAAUGGGUGAAGAGGAAACGAAAUUUCUUCUCCAUAUUAAUGUGAUUAAAAGUGUCGCUGACUUUUAUCUUGGACAUAAAAAUCAAGAUUGUAUUGAUUCAACAUCAGACAACGAUGAAAACUCUUCAGAUGAGGCAUUAUCAGUAGAAAAGACACGACCAAUUUCACUUGAUAAAAUGAUUGCGCUUGUUGCGACACUCGUUGAAAGAUCACGUGGAACUGAUCACACACUUUCAUUGUCAACUCGAGAUUAUAAUGCAAUUGCUGGUGGAAAAGGUUUUCCUUUCUUGUAUCAACAGAUUAAAGAUAAUAUAAAUCCAAAUCAGACAAGGCUGUUAAUUCAUGCGCUGUGUCGAUAUGAUGAGAGAUUAGCUGGAUCAAUUAUUGCAAUGUUGUUUACUGCUGUCACGAAGCACACCGAACUCUGUGGACCGUUUUUCAAACUCCUAACACUUCUCACCGAAUCAUCAUCGGGUCCAUCAGGCUUACCAUGCUUCUCGCAACUUGUCCUACAAAGAGUUUGGGAAGCUGCAGUUUUUUGUCCCCAGCCAUCACUUGAAUGGUUGGCCAUUCAAGCUCCAAGAAAUAAAGUUGCACAUGCUUGGGUUCUAUCAACAGCUGAGAAUUGGGUUGAACAAUUUCUUAUCGGACAUCCAAAUCUGAGAGUUAGAAAUGCUGCUGCCAAUCUGCUUGUUUCUCUCAUUCCAUCACAAAACUUUCGUCAAAAUUAUCGUGCAUCGACACAUCAUAAAAUGAUUUUAAAUAAUCAACAUCGUGAGAUUGGUGGCGAGGCUUUAAUAAUUCUUCACAGUGUUUUGAGUAUUCUCUUGGGAUUACUUCGUGCAGCUAAGAAUUACACUGACAUAAGCUUGCAUGGCACAGUUAAGUUGACUUCAUACUUUGGUCUGAUGGCUUAUUGUAUGAUAUCAAAGACUGAAAAGUUGAUGCUUGGACCGCAUAUUAAAACCUUAUGGGAAUUGUUUCAUCCGAAACUAUCAGAACCAAGUGUCCCAGCGCAUCACAAUAAACAAGCUUUGUUAGCUUUCUGGCAUCAUGCAACUGUCGAUUGUCCCGAAAAUGCACAACAAGUUGUCAACAAUCCAGAAAUCACCAAAAACAUUGCUUUCAAUUACAUUCUUGCUGAUCAUGAUGAUUCUGAAGUCGUUCAAUACAAUCGCUCAAUGUUGCCGGCAUAUUAUGGACUUUUACGUCUUUGUUGUCAACAAUCGCGUGCAUUGACGAGACAACUUUCUGGUCAUCAAAAUCUCCAGUGGGCGUUUAAAAACAUCACGCCACAUCCCACACAGUACAACCUUGCAGUCGAUGAACUGUUUAAACUCAUGGCUCUCUUUGUUGCAAAACAUCCCGAAUCAACACAAUCGGAACUUGAUCAAGUUUGUGUGUUUCGACGUCAAACGUUGUCAGCUUAUCUUGGAGCUCUAGAUGCGCGUGUUUCAUGGAACACUCUCGUGUCAGCUUUAAGAAUUCUUGUUGAAACUGAAGACGAUCGUUUGUUCUUCGUAAGCAAUGGUGGAUUGACGAUGUGUUUUGAAGCUUUGCUUACUUUACAUUCCAUGUAUCAUGAAGCAACUGCUUGCAAUGUAACUGAAGAUCUUCAAGACUUAUUAAGAGAAAUUGUACGAUUAGUGCAGGCACUGAGACAGAAUUGUCGAGAGCAAAAGAAGAAAUAUCCACCGUCAGGAUAUUUCAAAGGACUUCCGGAAGUGAUUCGUCGUCUCACAACACUCUUGAACACAUUCAACCCACCGGAGAUGAGGAAAUUGACUUUGGAUGUUCUUAAGGAACUUGUAAGAUGUAUUCCAACUGAAUCAAUUGGAAUUCUCACACCGAUUCUCACUCAUUGUCACAUACCAAGUCAACAACAUUCAAUGGGACCACUUGGGACUUUCUUUCCACGAAGAAACAGUAAAAGUUCCGGUCAAGGUUCGUCAUCAUCAUCAUCAUCGGCAUCCGUCCAAGCUGCAUGGAUAUCAGGUUCGAAGAACAUUCCUAGACCACCACGUCCAAUGAUUCAAAUGAAUAUCCCACGAACGCAAGCGUUUACAAAUGUCAAAGGUGUUGACAAAGAAUUUGAUUUGGCUGUUGAACGAUUUUACAAGCCUUAUCAUGAGUUUCUCGAUAUUUUCUUUCGAGCGGCUGUGACAAGUAACAUAUUUAAUGAAACGCUUGUGAAUUUGAGCCUGGUUACGGGAGUUGAAGCUGUUGGAUGGCAUUUUAAUUUCUUUCCCACUUUCUGGGUUGGAAUCAACAAAAAUAAGAACACACAAAGAUAUACUGAGCUUUUAAUAAACAAUGGAUUGAUUCACGAGUACAUUGAUCGUGUUUUGAAAGAUGAGCGAGUGUCAUUGAAUGAUUCGAUGAUUGCCAAUUUCAUUGAGAUUUACUAUGGAAAAGUGAGAACACAACUUUCUCUUAUAAAGCUUCUCGAUGUCAUAUGUAUAAGCAUGGUGCAGAAGGAUAAUUGGGAAGAGAUCUGUGGUGACUUGCAUGCAGUCAGAAUUAUUGGACAAACAGGAGGUUUCCCAAAGUCAUCGAAAGAGAGUUUGAAGCGAAGUCUUCAAUGUGUGCUCCAGAAAAGUAAAGAAUUUGCUGUUGAAGAAGAAUCACCACCAAAGAAACGAAAAAUAGGUGGCGCUCCAUGCAGUAAGAAUGUUGACAAAAGCAAUUCAACAUCAGCCGACGAGAAAAAUGAACAAGUGACAAAUACAUCAAACGACAAUAUGAAAAUUGAAGAAUCAUCAAACGAAUGUGAAAAAGGUACAAAAGAAAAGGAAAAUUCAGCAACAACAUCAUUAGCUCAAACAACAAACGUAACAUCAAUUUUGACAAUUUCACGAAACGAUCUUAUCAAAGACAUUGAGAGUCACAUUGAAAUAAUUUAUGAAUGCUUAGAUGAACUGAAUGAAGCAUCAGUAAAUACAACAGGAUCAAAUUCAACGUCGUCUAAUAAAACGACAACAAAUGAUAUCAUUUUGAUAUCAUCGGAAACAUCAAGUCAAGAAAACAUCGAAACUGCCAAUGAAAGUACAGAAAUUGGUGAUGUUAAGUCGAAUGAUCCAACAGCAGCCCAGAAUGAGUCUAAAAACGAAUAAAUUGAAGCUUAAUUAAUGGAAAUGUUUUGAAAUGAAAAGGAAAUUAAUGUUAAAACGAAUUUAUUGAACACAAGUUAUUGUAUGUUUGGUUCUAAAAUCGACUCUCGAUGUCAUCAUCUUUUGAGUCAUCUUAAGAAUUAUUGAGUAUUUGUUAAGAUGUCAGAUCCAAUUUUUUUUAAUUAAUUAAUAAAAUUGAUGUUUUAAAUCCUACAAGAAGA